AUGUCAGAUGACGCAUCGAAAGCAGGCGAUGUGAGGGGCAGCGAAGGAGAAGAAGAUCAUGCGACAGGGAACGCCUCUUCCGCUGCUAAGGUUCAUGACAACGCUAGCCAUGCAGAACAUGUCUUGCCUGCUUCCCACAACGUCCUCAAUGAUGAUGCUCCUUGUCCUCCCCAGCCGAAAGAUACGCCUGUUACCGAACAGGGCAGCCCGUCUCCGACUACUUCUCCAAAGGGUGUAGCUGGAUCAGUAGCGAUACCGACGCCCACGCUUACAGAAGCGCAUCCCACGUCCGCUGCUGCUGGACCACCGAAAUUCGUCGCGCCGUCUUCUUAUUUGCGACCUUUGUCAUCACGUGGACAACAGCCCGCCGAAGCUGCGACUGCGAUAGAGACCGGCUCGAGGCCGGGAAGUUCACAGCGUGGGAGUGGGCAGAUGAGCUCGCCGUUGGAUCGGGAGCAGCUUGAGGGUCUGCGUGCCAUUCGUGCCUUCCUCAAAGUGCGCACGAGCUACGAUGUCCUACCCCUCAGCUACCGACUCAUCGUCUUCGACACUUCAUUGCUAGUCAAGAAGAGUCUGAAUAUCCUCACCCAGCAAGGCAUCGUCUCAGCCCCACUCUGGGAUAGCAAAACCUCCACCUUUGCCGGCCUCCUCACUACCUCCGACUACAUCAAUGUAGUCCAAUACUACUGGCAGAACCCAGACGCCCUAGCCCAAGUCGACCAGUUCAAGCUUAACAGUCUCCGCGAAAUCGAACGAGCUAUCGGCGUCACGCCCCUCGAAACCGUCUCCAUUCACCCCAAUAAACCGCUCUAUGAAGCCUGUAGACGCAUGCUCGAGUCCCGCGCACGAAGAAUCCCACUUGUAGACGUAGACGACGAGACAAGGAGGGAGAUGGUGGUGAGCGUGGUGACACAAUACAGGAUCCUAAAAUUCGUGUCGGUGAAUGUGAAAGAGACGCAGAUGCUGAGGAAGCCUUUGCGGGAUAUUGCGUGUGGGACGUUCACAGAUAUCACGACGGCGAGGAUGGAUACGCCGGUUAUGGAUGUGAUUCAUCAGCUGGUUAAGAGAAAUAUCUCGUGCGUGCCGAUUCUGGAUAAGGAGGGGACGGUGUUGAACGUUUUCGAGGCGGUGGAUGUGAUUUCUUUGAUCAAGGGCGGGGACUAUGAUAAUUUGAAUCUGAGCGCUGGGAAGGCGUUGACGAUGAGGUCGGAGGACUUUCCCGGCAUCUACACCUGCACCCUCAGCGAUCGGCUCGAUACCAUCUUCGACACGAUACGGAAGUCGCGGGUUCACCGAUUGGUGGUCAUCGACGAGCGGAAUAAGCUGAAAGGCGUGCUGUCGUUGAGCGAUAUCUUGGAUUACACUCUUAACAGUCCGCUGGACGAGGAUCAUGAUGAUAAGUAG